AUGAGUACUGAUAUGAAUGAACGACCAAGUUAUUGGAAUUGCUAUGGCUGCCAAAGAAUAAUUUUUGAUGGCGAAUUUCGCUUCAAUUGUACUGUCUGUAAUGAUUAUGAUUACUGUGAAACAUGUGUAAAGACGAUUCAUCCACCACACCCUCAUCAAAUGACACGUGAAUUGGCCUAUGGACCAGCAGAGAAUAGCGAAUGGGGACCAAGAAAUAUGAUAACUGCCAUUCAAAGAGCAUUUAAGAUUUAUAGUAAUCGUUAUUGCAUGGGUGUUCGAAAUUUUAAUGAAACAAAUCCUUCAGUAUAUACGGAUUCAUACUCUUGGAUAACAUAUAAAACUGUGGGUGAUCGAACAAAAAAUUUUGGCCAUGGACUACGACGUUUAAUUGAACCACGUGGUUAUCUUGGCAUUUGCGCGGCAAAUCGACCUGAAUGGAUAAUCACUGAUCUUGCAUGCAUGCUUCAGAAUAUUAUCACUGUUCCAAUCUAUUGUUUGUUUAAAGAUUGUGAAGUUGCUUAUGUUAUUAAUAAUACUCAAAUAUCUGUAGUAGUUUGUGAUAAACAAAUGCUACCUCGAUUUACUCGAUUAGGUGCAGAAUGUCCAUCAUUGCGUCAUAUCGUAUGUAUGGAUUCUAUUUCUGAGAAAAUGCUAGGUAAAUGUUAA